AUGAAGCAUCAACAUCUAUUUGUGGCUUAUUUGCCCUGCAGCAGUUCACCUGCCUUUCCUUCUCCCAUCCUUUUUCUGGAUACGCCGCAGGAGGAUCCGUGCCGGAAACAAGCCUCUGAAAUACAGAAAUGUUUCCAAGCCAACAACUACGUGGAACCUAAGUGUCAGGCUGUCAUGCAAGAACCGCCUCAGUGUUGUGCUCGCUACCCUAAAGGAAGAUCUCUCAUCUGUUCGGGAUUUGAGAAAGAAGAGGAAGAAAAGCUAACACUGAAGCUGACAUCGAAGUAA